GCCAAUGUUAAGUGCAAGAUCGCGAAAGCCUGUUUCGCGACAAUGAAAAUUGAAUUUUCCGUACUGCUGUUAUGUGCGUUGAGUGUUUCUUGUCAUUUUCCAGUGGAAGAUGAGAAUAGUGAAACAUUAGAAUCUGUCGAGAGUGCUUUCACAACGCUCCAAAAACAAUUAGCUAAAUUUUUGAAAAUCAACCCUUACACCCCCAUGAAUUUGACUUAUUUUGAAACUGCCCUAACUAAAGUUGGCAUAAUCGAAGAAAUAAGUAACCCCAGAAUCCUAUUUUCCACAAGCAAAUUGAUCUGCAAAGCUUGCCAAACAUUAGUGAGAAGUCUACAAACUAAUUUGGUGAAUGUUGAAAUUGUUGGCAGGGAAAUUUGUAAAUUGUACAUUGCUUUUAGUACUUGGACUUUGGGUGAUUUUUGUCACGAGAUUGUGAAAAUUAAUAAGCCCAUACUCGAGUAUAUUAUCAGAUACAGCCAAAUACUGACUCCAGAAUACGCUUGUUCAGUUCUAUUACAAAAUGAAAAUUGCUAUUACAGCCACCCAGCGUUGACUUGGCGUAUAGAUAUGCCAGAAGGAGGACCACCAAUUAUGAAAUCAAUGCUGUUAAAAUCUGGUAGCAACCAAUCAGCACCUUUAAAAAUCCUCCAUUUAACCGACAUCCACAUAUCGCAUGACUACGAAGUAGGAGGAGUAUCAAACUGUGGAUAUCCAGUUUGCUGCAAAAGAGGCUUAGGUAAUCCUUUGAGGGGCAAAAACGCCGGAUCAUGGGGCGACUAUAACUGCGACAUACCGCCUUGGUUGUACGCCAACACAUUGAAUUAUAUUAGUAAUACUCACAAAGAAAUUGAUCUCAUUUAUUUUACUGGCGAUAUAAUCGAUCAUUCUGCUUGGAAGGCCUCUAAGGAGGAUAACUCUGCGGAAAUUGCGUACGCAUUUCAAAGUUUGAAGGAAUAUUUUCCAAAUGUUCCCGUCUUGCCUGUCAUAGGAAAUCAUGAAGCAACUCCUUUGAAUGUUUUUGCACCGCCACACAUAAGUGGUGAAACCUUUUCUCAAAACUGGCUCUACAAAUUAAAUGCUAAUCUAUGGAGCAGUUGGUUGCCUCAAGAAGCUCUAUCCACUGUGAAAAAACAAGGCUACUAUGCAAUUUUAGUCAAUAGCAAAUUGAGAGUUAUCGUUUUAAAUAACAAUAUUUGUUAUAUUUAUAAUUGGUGGUUGCUUUAUGAUACAACGUUUUUCAAAGAGCAACUCUUGUUCCUAACAAACGAACUAACCGAAGCUGAAAGUAAAGGCCAGUUUGUUCAUAUUUUAGCUCAUGUAUUUCCAGGCGAAAAAGAAUGCAUAGAACCAUGGGAAGUGAAUUAUAAUUCGUUGAUUACAAGAUUCUCCCACAUAAUCAAAGGUCAAUUCUUUGGUCAUACCCAUACUGAUGGUUUGAAAAUAUUCUACAGUAAAAUUGAUGGUAGUCCAAUUAACGUCGCUUUCAAUGGUGCCAGUUUAACCCCUUAUACUAAAUAUAAUCCAAAUUAUAAAAUUUUGACUGUGGAUCCGGAUACCUUUGACAUAAUCGAUAUAGAAACUUAUUAUUUCAAUUUGACUGAAGCGAAUCAGUAUCCCAACAGAACGCCCAGAUGGCAACGGCUUUAUUCUAUGAAAGAAGCGUAUUCGUUUAGCGAUUUAUCUCCGCACAAUUUUCAUUGGUUGGCUCAAAGAUUAAGACAUGAUGGAUAUUUAUUUGAUCAAUAUUGGAGGUUUUUCGUGAGACAAGGUGACGCUGCACUUGCAGAAGGGUGUAAUGAAAAGUGCCGCAAAGAAUUACUUAUCAACGUUAUAAGAACAGAAUCAUUGACCUCUGAAUAAAAGUUCUUG